CAUGCGCCACUCCAUAUCUAAGUAUUUAUAGAGCGGAUGAGCGUAAACCGUACCCAACUUACGACAUACGCUGACCAAUACUGUCGGUAGCAGAAUGUCCGAAACAUCCUUUCAUAGAGUCUACGGUCACCAACCGACUGAUAUUCCGUCAUCAUCAAUCACCGAAGUCACCGGUAACCCUUAUCUCUUAUCCGAAAUUCUCCUCUGGCUUCCUCCAAAAGCCCUUCUCCGUUUCCAAGCCGUUUGUAAAGACUGGUUUUCCAUCAUCUCAAGUCCUUCAUUCCGUCAACUUCACUGCCGGAGAACACGCACUUCGGGCAAGAUUGGCGGACUGUUCUUCUGCUGGUGGGUGUAUGGUAAUAACUAUAUGGACUUUGUUCCUAUCAAUAGCGGUAUACCGAAGAAACAAAAGGGUACUAUUUCUUUAGCACUAAAGAAUAUUGCGAAAUGUACUUCUUCAAAGAUUGAACAUUUACAUUCGUGUAAUGGGUUGUUCUGUAUCAGCUUCAAUCUGGGCGUUGAAAAUGAUAAGGUUUACUAUGUUUAUAAUCCUAGUACGAAUAAGCAUAGAUUGAUUCCACGGCCCGAUUUAGGUACACGAGAUAUUGUGGUAAUGAAUUUGGCUUUUGAUCCGUUGGUAUCUCAAUGUUAUAAACUUGUAUGUGUGAUGAAAUCAGAUGGGGUUUAUGAAUUUUUUGUAUAUUCGUCGGAAACUGGUGUUUGGAGAGAUUCGAUGGAGGUGUUGGAUGCAAAUCAACAAUUUUUAGCUCAGGGCGUCUUCUUUAAUGGAAGUAUGCACUGGGUUAGUGAAAAAUGGUCGUUUUUAAGGUUCGAUUUGGAUGCUUUGUGCUUUAAAGCUAUGCCUAGUACUAUGAUUCCUAAUGGCGAGUUGAAAAGGAACAUAAGAUAUUUUGGGGAGUCGGGUGGACAUUUGCAUCUUAUUGAGGUACAUGGGUUUAGGUCAAUGAGUUUUGAAGUUCUUCAGUUGGAGACUGAUUAUUUGAAGUGGUUUGUGAAGUAUCGUGUUGAUCUUAGUUCUUUGCAUACUGCUUAUCCGUUAAUGUUGAGUGAAGAACUUGAUUUACUGGAUGUGAAUCGACGCACUUGCAAUGUUGUAUCUAUGGCUGUGAAUGAUAAGGAACAUACAGCAAGGUUGUUGGUAAGCACGCCAGAUGUUAUCAUUGAAUAUGAUACUCAUUGUAGGACUAUUAAGGAGGUUGCGGACAUAGAGAUAGCAAAGAUCCCUGUUAUCUGGGAAGAUGUUUCAGUAUUUGAAUGGUAUGACACCCACCAAUAUGUUGAGACAAUGGCUUGUGUCUGAUAUUGUUGUGGUUUCUUGCUCUGUUGCCCGAACUUCUCAAAAUUUUCAUGCGGUACGUGUUGAAUUCUGCAAAAGUAGUGCAUUUUUGGAGAAUCCGACACGUGUGCGGCAUCGGAAGUGAAGAGUCCGCACAACUUAAUUAGGUUUCUUGUACAUAAGUUUGUUUACUUAAAAAAGAAGUUGGUGAAUGAUGGAUCAUAUUCAUGCAUACAAAUGAUUUGUUCACUCAUUAUUGAAGACGCCUGCUUAUGAUUUUUGUUGUCUAUUUGCUGCAAAUAACAUCUUGUUUUCUCUGCUUAAUGGCCUCUUUGCAUGGCCUUUAUCAGAGGAUAGUAUUUGUACAGCUUUACUUUCCUUUGGCCAACAUUCUCAUUUGAGAUCUGUGGUUGUUCUCUUAAUUUAUAACCUAAUUUUUUUUAUGUAAUUACCAGUUUCCUACCAAUGUAAUUAAUGUUUAAACGACUCUCUGUACAUUGACAAUUCAAUGUGAUGAUAUGUAUGAUUUAUGAUUUGGUCUGCUGCA